UUCCGGUGAAAAUAAACAUGGCGGAGACGAAGCCUCUUUCUUUUGGCUUUUCAAAGAAAGUUGAGAGAAAAGACCUUAGUAAAUCAGUGGCGGCAGAAAAUGAAAAGAAAGAAGACGAUUCAAUUGACUAUGUAACUUCAGUUGAUAACAAAACCAUAAAAGGAUCAAAGCCAGAGAAAGAGAAGAAGGAGUAUGUGAUCCCUCUGAUUCAGAAGAAUGACUGGAGGUCAGGAUUGAAGUCCGAUAAACAGAGAGACGAGGCGGAGGAUGAGGCCGUCAGAGAAAUUAUAGAGGAUGCUGCCAGAAGGAAUGAGGCUUGGAAGGAACAGGGAAAGGUAGACAACUCUGACCUAGCCAUUCCUUUGCUAAUGCAGAAUAAAGUUCCAGAGGGAUUUGAAACAGAUGAGAAACUAGACGUUUCGCUAAGACCCGAUGAACCAGAGGAGGCAGAUUAUGAGGAGAUUCCAAUAGAAAACUUUGGUGUGGCCAUGUUAAAAGGAAUGGGGUGGAAAGAAGGAGAGGGCAUUGGAAAAAAUAAAAAGAAUUUUACACCUGUCAUUGCGACACUUCGCCCCAAGGGUCUGGGGUUGGGGGCUGAUAUCUCGGAGUCCAAACAAGCCAAGUGGAACGGGGAGGAGAAAGGCAAGGACAAAGACGAGGAGAUCCUCACCGUGAAGAAGGGAGCUUACUGCGUCCUCACCAAGGGAGCUAACAAGGACCUGUAUGGAGUGAUUGAGGGCCUGGAUGAGGAUAAUGCCCGCGUGAUGGUCAAGCUGACCCUGUCUGGUAACAUCGUCACCCAGAGUCAGUACGGUAUCAGGCUGGUCAGGAAGAAAGAGUACGAAAAGUACUCCAAGUACCUUAACAAAGGAAAAGCUGAUGAGUACAAAGAAAAAGGAAGUCUAAAGAAUCGCUCAAGGAAACGGUCCAGGUCAAGGUCACGAGAAAGAUCUCACAAAAAGUCACACAGACAUAGGUCAAGGUCAAAAGACAGGUCACACAGAGAACGGUCAAGGUCAAAGGAAAGGUCACACAGACAUGAGAAGGGUGACAGAAGGAAAGAGAACAGAGACAGAUCUCGUGAGAGGGAGGAGAGGAAUGGAGAGAGGAGACUACAGGAGGAGGAGAAAUCUCAGCGGGAGGACAGGAGGACUCGAGAUUAUGAGGACAAGAGGGCUCACGAUUAUGAGGACAGGGAGAAGCAAGUUUCCAGUUCACAGUCAUUUUCAGAAAUCUGGGUGCGUCCACAAAUCAGGGUCCGAAUUAUUGACAAGAAUUAUAAGAAAGGAAACUAUUUUAAAAGCAAGGUGACAGUGUUAGAUGUGCCAGGCCCAGAAAACUGUAUAUGUAAAACAGAAGAUGGAAAAGUUUUGGAAGGUCUUUCUCAGCUUCAGUUAGAAACAGUCAUUCCUAAAUCAGACAGGGCCUUUGUAUUGAUCGUGUCAGGAAAAUCUAGAGGACAGUUAGGAGAAUUAAUGUCGAGGAACAAGAAGAAAUCUACAGCUGCUGUGCAGUUAUUACAAGACCGGGACAGUGUUCUAAACAUUAGUUAUGAUCAUAUAUGUGAAUUUGUAGGGGAUAUUCAUGAAGAGUUUGAUUACUGAUUCUGUCUUAUUAAAAAAAAUCUUGUCACUCAUAAUUUUCUUUUAUAAUAAAAUUUUAAA